UGGAGCCAUAUCACAAUGCACUCAUUUCUCCACGCGUUAACAAUUUUCCCACGUCAAAUGUUUAUCAGUAUUGCUUAAUUCGGUCCUUGGUAUCCGUUACGAGCACGGUUUCAUACGGUCGCAACACAGUCCGAGAAUCGGGGCCACUUGUGGUACACUGAGCGGUGUUUGUUGCGAUUGAUGUUGUCGACGACUUACCCGCCCUUGUCCACGGUGUGAAGAAAGGACUACCUUGACGAGACCAUCGUGCAAGUCACAAUUGAUCACAACUACUAACCACAAGUCACUUCCCAUUUAGCCUAUUGUCUACACUUCUUUCGUUUUCUUCAUAGGAGUUACAGAGGGAGACGGAGGGAGAAGAUGGCAGGAUUCAGCACUCCCAGCGCGCAGGCGCAACAUCCUCCAAAGUCAAUGUCGUCUCGUUUGCUGAACAUGAAGUUUAUGCAACGUGCAGCAGCAUCUACUUCUUCAUCACCGGCCGCAGCAACACCAUCAUCAUCAUCAUCUCGGGGAGAUUAUCAACCCUCAAAACGACGUCGGUUUGACCUCGAAUCGUUUUCUGCUUCGUCGACACCUGGAACGCCCCAGGCACCCACAACGUCAGAACCACAGAUUUCCACUUUCGGGCAAUCAAGAGGAGGUACAAGUACGUUCGACCGUGGGGAAGGCGCAGACACAGAAUGGGUUCUCGAUCUGAAAAUGUCAUUUCCUGAUGCGAACCAGAAAAACGGUGACAGUGUGAAUGGAACUCGAUUUGGACGACUACCACAAGACAAUGAUGGAGAUGCCGAUUCCGACGAGGAAGAUAUUUGGAGCAACAGACCUUCCGGACGACAAACCUACGGCUCGUUCAAGACGAAACGCAAAUCAAGACCACAGGCGAAAAGAGACGUCGAUGGCGGUGAGGAAUCCCCAUCAGAAGAAGAGGAAGAUGAAGAGGAACAUGACCAUUCGAAGCAUCGCACACCCACAAGAAAUCGGAAAAAGAGGUCCUCCUCCAAUGGUGCUGAUUCCGAUGAAGAGAUGAGACAAGUACGGAGAGCCAUUGAAACAAAGCAUCGCAACAUGUCGGGCCAAGGGCAAACACCUCGAGCGUCUCCCGCUGGAACUGGGUGGAAUUCUCGUUUGCCAAUAACCGGAGGCGGGGUUCACGGACAAAAAAGGCGACGGGACGAUGGAAACUACAAAGCUCACAAGAAGGCCAGGAAGACGAUAUGAAGUGAGGACAACCAGGUAAAAGUGCCGAUUGUGACUGUUGUCUCUGCGGAGGACUACGAGUACUUCUGGCCUUUGCCUUGUUUUGCUAGACUUUGGUCUUGCGAGUCGGUGAUAUCUUACCUCGUUGAGGAGGUUUUCUUUUUGCCUGCUUUGAACCAAUUUCCAUCCUGCUGCCGAGAUGAAAGUGAGGCUGGGUGAAACGGUCAAAGGUGCACGACGAGACGAGGCUUCGAAUAGCGUUCUGCGCCCUGGAUACAUGUAGUACAGAUACCUUUUCUUAAUGGGGAGCGAUUUUCCUUGCAGGCUUUUCACAACGUUGCACAUGUGGUCCCGUAGAACGAUGCAGACAGGUCUCGACCCUUGGAUGCGAGACAAGUAGUCUCACUUUCAGAGCGACCUCGACGAUGCCAUCAAGGUCUCAAUACGCAUGGUCUUUUUCUGGUAUUGUUGGCUCUAGAUGUCCUCCCAUGGAUGUACCCCAUGUCAGUGAUUUUCCCACAUCGCAUGUAAGUGUGCAUAUUUUAUACGUUCU